AUGGAACUUUUAGAGCUCCCUCCGGAACUCUUGCAUAAAGUCUUGUAUUACGCCGUUCUGGUACGGCAUGUGAAAAGAGGAUUGAGACUUCGACUCGUGUGCAAGUUCUUCUCGUCUGCAACUUACCCAGCUCUGUUUGAAACGCGGCUACUCGAUCACUUCUACUCAGGCGUUGCUGAAGACUGGCAAAUCAGGAACCAACAUAACGCCGAAAAAGUCUGGCAUUCAUACCUUGUUUACCGGACAAAAAACGAAGCCGAUGAGAAAAUUGGGCGCUUCAUGGAAAUCCGCCAGGUUGCUGAAUCUAUUUGCAAGCAAACCGAUCAUGAUCUGUCCUCCACCAUUGAUUCACUUUGUUGGCUGGCGUUCGAACGAAAAGCUAGUGCUCCAUCUUUCCGGUCUGGUCGAGUGGAUCUUGAACGAACCUAUAAGAUCCAUUUACUAUCUGCUGCCACUUAUUUUAACCUUGUCCCUUUCGCUCACGAAUUGCUGGCCGAAGGCUCUCACCCUACAGACCAUGAGGGCUUGUUUCCGCCAGCUAUGGAAGUUGCGGCGCAGACAGGCAACACUCAGCUACUUAAGUGUUUUCAAGAGCAAUUACCGGAGCUCGAAUUUAAAGAGCCUGAUAUUAAAUGGGCCGGGCAUAAAUGGGACUGGGGUUGGCAUGGAAAGGUCGCCCCCGAUUCUAUUGUCGGCGCCAUGAUUCGAGGGGAUUUGAACAUCUUGAAACUUUCUUUAUACCCUCCGUCCCGCGCCGAACCAUAUAAUACCGAUAUUCUAGGUCACCCGUGUGGACAAAUCAGGGAACGCUCACAUCUUGGGCGCACACUCCGCCAAAAUGUUCGCGAUAAAACCAGAAGUAUCGAAAUCUAUGACUAUGUUGACGGCCUUUUCAAGAGUCGAACCGAGAAUGAAGACCUCAUCCGUAGUUUAAUCGUCCACGCUGAGUUUGGAAACAUUUCCAUGGUGCGCUGUCUUUUAGAUCGAGGCAUUUCUGUGAAUGCAGCCACGGAACGGGGAGGGGUACCGAAAACAGCGCUCAUAGCGGCUUGUGAGCAUUGCCACGAAAAUAUAGUCAAUUUAUUACUCGAACGUGGUGCUGACCCAAACGCCGGCGCUAAAGAGAAGCAAUGGCUCACCGCACUUCCUACGGCUGCUUGUUCAGGAAGUUUAACAAUUGUGCAAAAAUUGUUAUCAUAUGGUGCGCACGUCAAUGAAGCCGUUGACUUCUGGUCAGGGGAAAGACGACCAGCGGUUUGGUGGGCUGUCGCCAUCGAGCAUACAGCUAUGUUUGAGCUACUGCUAGAAAAUGGUGCUUCCUUGGAUGGUUACAUUGGCUCAACUGCUUUAGAAAUGGCCUUCGAAUUUGACUUGAUGUCAAUGGCUGAGAUUCUUCAAAAGCACGGUGCCAAGAUCAUAGAACGAGUGAAUGAUUCUGAAAGGGCUCCGUGGAAGAAAUGGGCGUGUCGUAGAAUCCCGAUGGGUUAG